AUGAGAUACAACGCUCUGGCCUUCAUGGCCCUCGUCAACGGCCUCGCUCAGGCCAACCGUUUCGACUGGCAGAGCGAGUCCAAGGCUGAUGUUGCCAAGCAUGAGCACAAGAACGCUGCCGCCCCUGUCUUUAAGGUGGAGGUGAAUGAGGGUCAAAGUGAUGGCAGCAAGGGGCAACUUGAGGCUGGAAAAUUAAAGCAGGAGGGGGAGAAAGCUGAACAAGCGGCCAAGAAGCUGGAGGAGAAGCUGCAGAAGAAAGAGGAUGAGCUUGAGCUCAAGGCUGCACAGGCUGGAGGAAACCGCCAUCACCACCACAGCCACUCCUCAUACUCCCCUGAUCCUACCUACGAUCCUGCCACAAAAACUACUGGGUAUCAUCACCAUCACUCAGGCCACCUCCAAAAGGGCCCCUACACGCUUGAUGGAGAGAAAUACGACUAUAUCCAUAAACCAAAGGUCCACUUCCACACCUCUUACAUUACCCACGCACCUACUCUCAGUCCUGGAUGUGUCGGCGACAAGUGUAUUCGCAAGCCUUGCAAGGAAUGCCACGGCAACUGGGCACAGCCUGGCUGCUGGCACUGCAAGGCCCUUGGAGCCACUGGUGAGGAGGUUGCUGAACAGGCAGCGAAGACCACCAAGUAUGCCCCUAAAGAAACCAAGGCCAAAGAAGAGGAGGAGGAAGAGGAGAAAAAGGAAAAGGAUCCUCAUGCAAAGACAUACACGCAUGGAGACAAGACUAUCAUUGUUGCUAAAGAGACCAAGGCCCCUGAAGCUACUCGACCUGUGGCUCCUCAGAUUGAACAGCCUCAUAAAGAGGGCCCUAAGGUCAUCGUCAUCGAGGAAUCUAAGAAGAAGCCCGAGGAGGAGAAGAAGUCUGCAGAGGAGAAAGGAGAGAAAGAAAAGUACCCUGAUGAGAAGCCCAAGAAUGAGUACCCCAAGGAGAAGCCCAAGCAUGAGUACCCAAAGGAGGAGCCCAAGGAGGACAUCUGUGACAGGGUCCAUCACCAUGGCCAGCCUAGCAUCUGUGACAGGAUCAAGCAUCAGCACCACAAGGUUGACGAGCCCAAGAAGGAGGACAUCUGUUCGAAGCCUGAGGGUUGCCAUCCCCAUCAGGCUCCGGCUCCGGCUCCUCACCACGAAGUGAAGCCAGCUCCAGCUCCGGCUCCGGCUCCUCACCACGAAGUGAAGCCUGCCCCUGCUCCGGCUCCUCACCACGAAGUGAAGCCAGCUCCAGUGGCCCCGGCUCCUCAUUACCCCGAGCAGAAGCCUGAGGUCCAGCCGGCGCCGGCUCAGCCCGAACGAGCCAAGCCUGAAGAGGGCCAACACGGCAAUGCUCCCUCAGUUCCUGUAACAGUGCCCAAGUCCGGAGCCACCUACAACCGCGUCUCUGUUGGCAUCGCCGUCUUUGCAGGUGUUACCAGCAUGAUGCUUCUGUGA